UUGACGAAAUAUAUAGGAUGAUUUUUGUAUAAUUAAAAGAAUGUUUAGAAAAAAUUUUGAAACGAAUUUCAUGAUGAAAUAAGUGAUGAGAGAGAAAAAAAUAUAAGCAAUGAUAGAAAACAAAUCUCGUAGUGUCUGGCCAACUCCUUUUUUGUGAAGAUCUACCGAAACCAAUUGUUUUCUUGAGGAUAUUUAUAAUCUUUUUUUCAAAUUAACAUUGUACUUGAUCGAAUUUGAGUUUACGUCAUUUUUCAAUAGUUAAAUGUCUUUUAGAUUUAUCAUCCUUAGCGGAUGUUAUUUGCGGAAGAAAUGAAUCCUUCAUAUUUUGGUGCGACAACACUCGGUGGUAAUCCAUCAGCGCUGCCGCCGGCGUCGGUGGACAUGACUUCAUGGAAGCCUAUUGGCCAUAAUUCUACUGAUUUCACACCUAUUUACAAUGAUUCCACUGCAGGUGGUGGCCCGGGUAUUGGUAGCAAAUUGAUAACUAUUUGGGGGCAUCCAAUGGAUUACAACGAUACCGGGCAUGCCGAUCCCUCAGCGUCUUCGACCUAUGCUGCUGCAGCUGCUAACUUACCAAAUUAUCCUAACAACGGAUUUUGUUGGAAUGAUUCUCAACAACCUGCAUCAGCAUUUCACCAAAUUCCACCACAAUAUGAUCAAAUGCCUUUCCAGCAGCAAGAGACUAAAUUUACCGCAGGCAGUCAAUGGGGUAAAACAGAAAUUGACCAAACAAUACCAUGGAAUCUCGAAAAUAAUGUCAUUCCAUCCUCAGCAACAACCUCAUCCACCUCCUCAAUCGCAUCGAUAUAA